UGAGACGGGAUGGUAUGGGACAGAGACAACCACAAAGCGUAGUAGCAGUAUGUGCCUGCCCCGUCGACUCAUCUGGUCGGUGGCCAUUGUCUACGUGGGUUACUCAAUGCUGAUCGAGGCACGUCCCCAACCUCAGCGGGAUCUCCAGCACAUUGCCGUAGUGGAGAAUGCCGCCUGGGAGCAGACCCUGCCACAACAGUUCCAGAAUCCCUUCUACAAGACACCCAGGGUCAGGGAUGCUUUGGCCAGAUCCAGUUGGUUUGGGCCUGGCGAAGAGGUGGUCUAUGAUCGUCAGGCUGAGAAAAUUCCACGUAUGGAAAUAUAUAAUGUGUUAUCCCAUGCCGGUCUGAUACCACGCCGGCGUUUCUUUUAAAUAUUUUGCAUCUAUCAAAUUAUGUUAUGUACACCAAUAUGAAAAUAAAAAUCGCAGUCAUUAGUUU